AAAAAUAGUACAGUCAGAAAGGAAGGAAAACCGCCGUUAUAAAAAGAGAAAAGUUGGAAGUGGGAGAAAUAUAAAUUUACGGUUCCGAAGGGCAGGUAUACGACGGCAGCCCCCGACACCCAACCACACAAAAUUUUUAGCCAUUUUGUUUUCGAUUUUUUAAAUACCCCGGCCCGGCUUGUGCUUGUGUGUGAGUUUUAGCUGAAAGACAAAGGAGUUAGAAAAAUGUCUAGCAAAAGGAAGAGGGUGCCAACGAAAAAAGCCGCAGCCAAGAAAAGGAAAGAGGAAACCGACGAAUCUGAUAUUAGCGAUGGUGGCGAAGGUGAAACCACUCAGCCUGAUGAAGUUUUAAUUGCAGGUCACGGCGAUGUCCUGGACGACCUGAGCCCGCUACCUCAAGAACUACUGAACACCCUCCUCAAACCAGUCGGUCAAUUGGUGUUUUUCGGCGGCCUGAACUGGGAAGUUUGCGGCAAACGAGAGUUUAAGGGCGUCAAAAUGGUUCCUAACCUUUGGAUACCUCACAAGUUUGGCGAAUGGAAGGUUCGCCUAGCAGUCAGCGGAUGUACGGCAGCUCAUAGUGUCCUAGUAGACGGCGAAGGCGUCACGUACACCUUCGGCCGUAAUUCUCAAGGCCAAUUAGGUCUGGAUAACACUACCAGCGUUUCCAAGCCGACAGUGGUACCGGCUUUGGAAAAAAUGAACGUUAUCAGUGCCGCUUGUGGCCGUCACCACACUUUAUUCCUCACCGACACCGGAACCGUCUACGCUUGCGGCGACAACAGGUCCGGUCAAUGCGGCGUUGGCAAUUUACAGCCACAAAUUUUGACACCUACCAGGAUUAACUAUAGAGGGCCUCCUGUUCUCAAAGUCGGAUGCGGUGCCGAAUUUUCCGUAAUCCUGGACAUCAAAGGCGGUCUUCACACUUUCGGUCUGCCAGAAUACGGCCAGCUGGGCCACAACACUGACGGUAAAUACUUCAAGACUUCGACGAAGCUCUGCUACAAUUACCAGACGAGCCCCAAACGGGUCGUACUCUACAUCGAGAAAGGCAAAGAUGGUCACGUGUCGCCGGUAGACGUUACGGAAAUUGUGGAUUUCGCCUGCGGUCCGAAUCACACCGUUGCUAUCGAUAGUCGCAAGAGGGCGUUCUCGUGGGGCUUUGGUGGGUUCGGGAGAUUGGGACAUGCUGAACAAAAAGAUGAGAUGGUACCAAGAUUGAUUAAAUAUUUCGACAGUCAAUCACGUGGGGUACGCUCAGUGCACUGUGGCUCCACCUACACUCUCGCUGUGACAGAACAUAACGGUUUGUUUUUAUUUGGCCAAACCAAACGUACUGGAGAGGCCAACAUGUAUCCGAAACCAGUUCAAGACUUAGCAGGCUGGAAUAUAAGUCAUGUAGGCACAAGUCACACUUCAAUAGUGAUUUCAGCUGAUGAAACUUGUAUCGCUUGGGGUGCUUCGCCCACUUACGGUGAAUUGGGUCUGGGCGAUAUGACAAAAAGCAGUACGACGCCCAAAGAGGUGACCAGGAUGCAAGGUAUUAAAGUGACGAGCGUCAGCAUGGGUUAUUGGCACACCCUUAUUAUUGCUUCUGAAGAUAGUCCCGAGCACAAAGCCAAAUUGGAAGCGAUGAAACUGUAUGAGGUUUAAAAAUGCUGAGUUACUUAUUGGCAUUUUUCGUGUCUCUUGCACGGUUUACUGCCCAUUUUUCGACUAAGUACCCAUUAAGUUAUUUUUUCGGCCAUUAGGUAUAAACAUUUCCUCAAAUUACGUAAAAAAAAAAUUGUACCGAGUCUAGGAUUAAUUAUUAUAAGUAGAUUUAGAGAUUUACCUUAAAUCAUUUAAUUCAAUUUAGUCUUUCAGUAUUCUCUUCCGAUUAUUUUAUUAUUAUAUUUUUUUUUGUAGGAGGUGAUUGUUUUAUAAUUUUUUUGUCUAUAAGUCCAUUUUUUUUUUUGUAUUUUAAACGAUGCUCUUUUAAUAAUAAAAAUACACAUUUACAACAGCUUGUUUAUUUUCUAUUAACAAAAUGAGGAAAUUGUACAAUAUUUUCAAUAUAUUUUGCUACAGCUAAUAGCAUUGGUUCACUCAAAUUCCUUCCCAUAAGUUGAAUACUUAUUGGCAAACCAUUUUGUGAUAAUUUAAUUGGAAUGGAAACUGCUGGU